GAUACUUGAGGUGGUAAUCAAGGCAGUCGAGAGCUAAGAUUGGAGGCGGACGCGAGCCGUGACAAGGAAACAGGUCCGGACUGUAACGACUGUCAUAGGGUUGGGCUGUAACAGUUGGCAAAAAUACCUAACUGCGUCUUCUGGCGGUCCAAUGGAACCCGACACAAUGGGGCCACAACCGACCAUGAGCGAAGCGGGAGAGGAGUACAGGACAUCGCCCGAUCGAGCUCUAAGGGAUCUGAAGGAACGAAUUAGCCAAGAAGCACCGCUGAGAUGGGCUGACCAAACCAAUGACGGAGGGUCCGACGUAAGAGGCAAACCAGUUGCGACAGAGCCGCAGGAGGCUCUAAAGACGGAUACCUCGACUGGACGACGAGAAGCGACGAGGCGACGCUCCCCCGAGUACGAGCGGAGGGACACCAUAGCGGACAGGCACAUAGACGACUUAGGAGAUAGUUUGAGGGAUUCCUAUUGGAGGGACAGAGAUAGAGACAGGGCGCCGCCCAGGCGUGUCUUCGACCCCCAGACAGGGGAGUCACAUCCGCUCCCUUACGAGAGCAAGGAUCGCUAUAUUAUUACGCACAAGGCCUCAGAGCCUCCUACCUUUAGGGGCUAUGGUAUCACAGAAUAUCUGGAGAAGUGGGAGCUUCACGCCAACCGAAGUCAGUGGUCGGAGGAAGAGAUUAUAGAGAACUUCUUAUUUAAUGUGGACCCAAGUCUCGGUAGGGAAGUUAAGGAAGCUCGACCGAAGGAUGGGAAAUGGACUACGUAUGAAAGAGGAGAUCGGGACAGGGAACGACGAGAUGGGUCGCGCGGACGGUUUGAGCGCAAGGGAGAUGCGAGAGAGCAGCGCGAUGAGUCGCAGGAGUGGUACAACCGAGGGGACCGACGCGAUGAGACACGAGGGCGAUAUGACUCAGGGGACCGCCGGAAUGAUUCGCGAAGGCAGUAUGAGCAAGGAGGGUCUGGAGGAGACCGCCGCAAUGAUUCGCGCGGUCGGAAUGAGAGAGGGGGAUAUGGCGUCUCAUCAGAACCAUAUCCCAAGUCGCCUGACCCCAAGGCAGCCAGGAGUUCGAUCUCKAGAAGCGCAGACGACAGACCAUCUACUCCCAGGAACUCAUGCGUYUACUGUAGAGGAGAAGAUCAUAUCAAGAGGGAUUGCCCRGACCUCAAACRGGCAAUAGAUGAGGGACUUGUCGUGCUUGACGACCGCAAGUACGUCAAGUGGGCAGAUGGUCUGGGAGAUGUAUCAAUGUUCCCUUCGAUGAAGGAGAAUGUCGAAGCAAGGAGAGUAAAGCCGAGUAAAGAAAAGGAGUCGGUCAGGAGCCAGAGCAUCAAGAUAACCUUUGAGGGGGAUAUGGCGACCACACCCAUAAGGAUGGCAGCCACCAAGUCGGCGAAAGGGUCUGCAUCGAAGAAGACUGACACGGAUUACGUGAUGACGGGGAAGGACGGGCAGCGGGUCGAUGGAGAGGAGGUUAUCCUUUCGCCGCGAAAGAGGGGAGUGAAGAAGUUAUUAAUGAAGAGUUCGCUGGACGAGAUCGACACGGUCGAGCCACUGAGGCGGGCCCUUCGGCAACCCAUGCAGUGCUCUAUUCUGGAGUAUCUGGCGGCAUCGAAGCCGGCUCGUUUUGAGGUACAGAUGAUUACGCGGAACACUCGCAUACCUCUAUCGGAGGAGGGUCAGGGGGCCCUUAAGGCGGAAGCUCCUACAGUAGCAGUAACGGGGACGGGGGUGACUGCCAGAGCGGAUCGCAUGGCAACAGUCCUUCUCGAUGGAAUGAAAGGUGUGCCUCCAGACAAGUUUUAUAUACUUGGUAGCGGGGCCGUGGAGAUGAUUAUAAACGAUGGAGCGAUACUCGAUGCUGUGAUCGAUAACGACAAUGAGGCUGUCAUCAUAGACGAGGACCUGGCAGAGGGAGAACGUGUGAUAGAAAUUCUGAAGACAUGUGAUAAGGCAAUAGCUUUCAGCGACGCGGAGCGCGGUAGGAUUGACCCUCGAUACGCUAAGCCAGCGAGGAUUUACACGAUUCCACAUGUUCCUUGGAAUGACGCAGGAUGGAAAUACGCCCAGAAGGAGAAGGAAGAAGUUAUCGCUUUCCUGAAAGAAAAGAUGGUUUCCCACGUUGCGGAGCCGUCUGAUAGCGCUUAUGCUAAUCGAUGGUUCUUCCUACGAAAGCCGAAUGGCAAGAUCCGAUGGAUCCAGGACCUUCAGAAAGUCAACGCGGUGACGAUACGAGACGUGGGCUCCGUGCCACACGCCGAUUUACUGGCAGAAGGCGCCGCAGGUAGGUCGAUUUAUUCGGUCUGUGAUCUGUUCUCAGGUUAUGAUGAGGUACCGCUUUACCCUAGGGACAGGCACCUCACGGCUAUGCAUACGCCAUUGGGACUAAUGGGGUAACCGUUUUUCAGAGAGUCAUGAUAGCCGUCCUCAAGGACUCCAUUCCUGAUAAGGUUGAAGUUUUUUUCUGGAUGACUUUCCUAUAAAAGGGCCAGUAGACAGGGAUGAGACAGAGGUUGUACCUGGAGUUAGGAGAUUCGUCGAGCAACAUCUAACAGAUAUUUGCGCGGUACUCGAGCAGUUGGACGAUGCGAAUUUAACAGUCAGCGAAACAAAGAGCCGAUGGGCCG